AUGCUCCUACAGUCUGUCCAACCAGUGAAAGCUCAGACCGCCCUUCCGAAUAAUCCCGGGCGGUACGUCCACAACUAUUCUUCAGCGCGUCCUGAGAAAACUCCACGUAGAGAUACUAUCUCUCGGUUUUAAAUUUUACAUUGCCCGGCGGAUGCCGAAGCAAUUGGAUUUAGAAAUCCAGUUCAAGUCUAGCCAGACUACCGAUCUAGAGCCUACCGAGCCUAGAGAAGUGGAUUAUCUCAAGUCAACUGUGGUUAAUUGCUGCCAACAAUAUUUAAGGAAGGCACUGUCCCUUGGAAGGGACACAUCUGUGCUCUCUCAGGGAGCUUCACAAAGACGAAGAUAUUCCACUAAGCAGGCCGGUUAAAGGUUCAGGAGUAGUGCUAGUCGGAUGAAGUCCUGUCGGAUCGUACUCGGUCCUCGAAAUCCGGAAAAGACUAGGACCGUAGCGAGGCCGUCAAGAAUCAGUUGAAAACAGGUCUCCAUGAUCUCCACAAAAGUCUGCUGUCUGACGGAGAGUUUGAACGACUGAGGCCUGUAGGCACGAAGACGCUCCGAAUGUACGGCCUUCCGGAAAUUCCCAAACGCGCCCUGUCGCUGCAUCCAAUCCUGGAUAUGAGAGAUCCGCCCCAUCACACCAUUGCAAAAUAACUAAUAGAAAAGCUUAAGCUGCUCGAAGGUCAUUUGUACUCUCUAGGUCUGCAAGACACCUCUGAGUUUGGGGACGCUAUCGUGAAUAUCAGCUUUGUUACAUGUAUCCGUGAUAUAAACAAGUACAAACUAAUUCUCGCCGUUGGGUCCCACCCUGCUGCAGGACAAACGGUGGACAUUGUCAAAGUCGACGGUCAAACUGUCAUCUGCUUAAGCUUGUAGUUUCUGCUGCUAUAAAAAAACGGUCGGAUACUAAAGCCCAGCGAAACAGAAGUCUUGCCCGGCAAUAAUUACCGCUUUUAAGUAGAAGUGGGGUUUCUGGUAACCAAGAGGCAUUUACUGUUGCUGCGCACGCUGUCUAACGAUGUUACAGGUAAACAUUCUCAGAGGACCCUAACUGCAAUCGGCACUGAAUUCCACAAGGUACGUGAUAGGCUUACAGCCAGAAAGAAACAUCCGAGCAUACAGUGGGUGACCGAUCACAUGAAAUGUUGACCGAAAUUUUGAAAUGCGUUUUCGAUUUGCAAGGAUUACUUAGGUGGGGUUGUAAUACUGAUUAUCAUGCGGCAUAAUCUAGUAAUAUUUCGGACUCGCCAGGAUGUCGGCUUUUGAAUGCACUUCUUUCCGAUCUCCCGCAAAACCCGAACUCGGCAAAAAAGAGUACUUAAGUAGCAUGCAUUUUUCACAUUGAUUUUCGAUUGUCUUAUAAAUUCAAAUAUAUUUUAUAGAACACAUGCACAAAAGUAUGCUUUCUUUUACUCAUUCGGUGGCAAAUCACGUCGAAUUUACAUUUUAUGCUUGAAGACAGGGUAUAUUUAGGUUUUAAAAGAGUUUUCCAAUUCCCGAGUAAUUUUGAACCAGACCAGCCAUUGCAUUAGCGUUUAGCGAUUUCAUUCUACAAGGCGCAUCCUUUCCAUGUAAGGAAAAUAAUUUAUUCUACUAUGCCCUUAAAAAGACACCAUUUAGAUUUCAUGAAAUUUUGCAACGAGUGAGGACUAUGUUGUACAUUUUAUGAGGAACAAUGGUAAACGGACAGGUACGAUGCUGUAUGACUGUACAUCGCACGGUCUUGAAAAUCGUAUGAUUAAAAACUUCUUUAAAACCUAGAUAUGCCCUCGCUUCAAGCACAAAGUGUAAAUUCGACGUGAUUUGCCACCGAAUGAGUAGAAGAAAGCAUACUUUUGUGCAUGUUUUCUGUAAAAUACAUUUUGAUUUAUAAGAUCACUGGAAAUCAAUGCGAAAAAUGCGCGCUACUUAAGUACUCAUUUUUUGCCGAGUUCAGGUUUUGCAGGAGAUCGGAAAGAAGUGCAUUCAAAAGCCGACAUCCUGGCGGGUCCGAAAUAUUACUAGAUUAUGCCGCAUGAUAAUCAGUAUUACAACCCCUCUUAAGUAAUCCUUCCAAAUCAAAAACGCAUUUCAGGAUUUCGGCCAACAUUUCAUGUGAUCGGUCACUCACUGUAAUUACGAGUAUUUGUGAAGCAGGGGUUCACUUUACUUGGUACCAAAGAUUCAGUCAGUCAACUAACAAGUUGAAAGUAUGCACCCUUUAUCUAUCAUUUUCAAUGUCUGUGAAAUACGGACUUAACUUCUCCAGCCUCACAGUCAGGUCUGUCCUUCCAAUUCUGUCUCUGAAUCGUCGUUUGCGGAUUUCGUCAUAGUCGGCUGUUGCGUUCAAAAUAGACGCCACAUCUGCAGGAGACAAUUUUCUUCCUGUACCGUGAACGGUAUAUUCACGCGCAUUCUUCCUACUACACCCGAUGCGGAUUCAGGAAACGCUGCAAAAGAAUCGAUGUGAUCCUCGCUGCCGGAUAACUGCAACUGAAAUGUGAGAAGACGUGGACCCAUAUAUUUCCGAAAUUCUGCCACCCGAAUGAGGCCGUCGACACCGUAAACGAGGAUAGAAUGGAGGAUAAUUCAAUAUUGGUUGGUAUUGAUCACACAGCGUCAAAACCCACAUCGUCGCGAAUAUAUCAGACCAUCACUGUUGCAAAUCACAGUUCGACCGUCGUUACGGACGAUGUCUGCCGUGUGCAUCACAACAGAAUGGGUUCAGUGACGGCGAAGUCUGCGUGAUUUUUAUUAUAGUAAUGAUACACUUGUGUCGCAUCUACCGCUCUCCCUCCUGGGCUCGAUGUCACGACAGAAUCAAGAAGACCGGAGAUUGAAGAGGACGCAGGUGGCUGGCACGGCGAAAACCCGCACCACAACGCCCCCUGGUCAACCACAACUUCGCACAACAAAAUGAAAGGAUAGGGGCGUCUUGGAUCAGUACUGAGUGGGAGUGCCAUAAAGACCACAUUUAAAAGGAGCCAUCGCAGUCUGAUAUUCCGUCCUUCGAGGAGGACCUGGCCUUCCAAACCACACUCUGACAGCUUUAGGAGUGCCGGCUUAUUUAUAGCGAGGGAAAUGCGCUGAGACCAUAGACUUUUCACUCUCCUCCCACUCCCAAACAUCCAUUUGGUCAGUUUUCUGACGCGGGAAGUGAACGCAGUGGCUGGCAGGGCAUGGCACGGCCUAGACUUCCUGGCUCGGAUCUUACACAUAUGAGAGUACCAUGAGGAGGGAUCAAUUGUAGUCUGACUAUCAGUCCACCAUAUCCAAACGCUCACCGCACAAACACACAUUGGGCUGACGGCAGGGUCUGAGUUGAGGCGUCAGUUGACAACCUUCCAAGCCACGUCCUUUGGUACACUGUUAUAGUCUCAAGCCCGUCGUCGGAUUGUUCAUGAUAAGAAAUUACAGGCUGAGAGUAGAACUCACGCGUCUUACGCUAUCCGGUGCGCCAGUCGACUAUCCAAUCCGGUAAACCAACUGGCGCUGAAAUUAUGAGAGGUUCCUCAGAAAGUUCGACCGUCGUUGCUGACGAUGUCCACCGUGUGCUCACAUCAGGAUGAGAGCAGGGACAAUGAAUUGCGCUUGGCUUGAUUUACUGUGAGCUUAGACCUGCGCUGCCUCCUCCCCCACCUGGGCCCGGUUUCAAGACAAAGUCAAUAAGACCGGAGGUGGGAGAGGGCCAGGUGGAUGGCACGGUCGAGUCCUCACCUUGGCGCUCCACUCCACACUCCCUGGUGUCCACACAGCAAAUGACCAGGAUUUUAACCAACAACAGCACCACCGCGAGUCAGAAAGACGGGGAUGACUGGACGGCCAUGCUCAUGAUCAGUGUACCUAGUGGGAGCACAAACGCAUCUACCGGCAGGGACCAGGGAUCAGAGAACUGCCAGCGUAUACCAGGCUGCCAGGACCAUGAUUUGCUGAUCCUGGUAUGGCAGACACUUAUAUACCUCUAGAGAGGUUUCUAAUAGAGCUAAGGAUAGCUUGUCUGCGUGUGCUGGAUGCUCGACCGGUCACCCCAAAAGCACACACAAGAAGUAAACGGCCCGGAGAUCACAUGUAGCCACAUGCGUACUGCAUGCUUUGAUGGAGAAAUUUGUGGCGAUAUGGUCAAACCUGCGGUGUUUUGCCGCAAAUGUUCAUGGAGGCACAGGUGGCCAAAUAGGCCCAUUCGUUGAGUGAAUGUGCACGGACAGUGUGGACUGUGAAAGCAACGACUGCACAUCGGGCUACAGGCGCCAGCUCGCUAUCUCUGGGCGAUGGAUUCCCAAGUAACCGACCAGGCCGAUGCGUGAGCUGACUGCGUGACGACAGUGUGAGCAGGAUAGGUCGGGGGGUGCAGAGUCGGUUGCGAUUGUCGUACUGUUACUGGUGGUCGCGAUUGUGGAUGGGUAGUUGGUAGUGAUGGGACCGGGAGAGUUGGCGGAUGUGCAAGGCGUGCUAGCUGUGUGGAUUUUGCGGUAAAUGUUGCUGUUGUAGAUACGUUUAUGACCGAAUAGGUUCAUACGUAAUUGAACGUGCGUCGAUACUACAGGAAGUGAAGGCUGAUGCUGGGAGUGUGUGUGGAUGCUCCUGGCACCGACGCGUCGAUCUCCGUAAGAACAUGCUGCGACCAAGUUCACAUUGGUGGUGGGGGUGGUGUUUGACGGCGCUUUUGGACUGUUCGCAUCGGUGGUGGGAGUGGGAAAGGAGGUGGUUGUGGGAGAAGGAUAGUGGAGGUGACUUUGAUUGAUGGCGAUGGGGUGGUAUUUGGAUUUUGGGUAACAAUCGGGCGAUGGCACCCAAAUAUCCGUUGUCUAGAAAUAAUACCUACUUCAUCAAUUUGAGCAGGUUAUAGCCCUACAGUCCACAUGUUGCUUCACUUAGAUUAUCACCGUCUUCAACAGUUGAGGUGCUACCGCUGUAGACCGAGCCAGGGUUAAUCAACCUUCAUUUAGGCUUACACGGCUGACGAGUGACAGCAGCAAUGGAGUUGCGGAUAAACCCAGCCUUGUUGAGAAACAAUCACUGUAGACCAACCACUGGUUUACCAUCCUUCAGAUAUGCUUCCUUAGGUCAGGAGCGACGACAUUAUUCCUUUUGCGGCUUAUUCUGCAAGAACUUUGCUUUGGACAGUUGCGGAAUGAUCACUUUAUACCUAUCCUAUGUUUACCAACCUUGGUAGUAUCUUCCACAGCUGAAGAGCGAGCGCAGUAGUCGGUAUGCGGAUUAAUCUACAGUAGCAUACGUUCAGACAAUUGCGACACGAUCGCUGUGGACGGACCCUUUGGCUUAUGGGUUAUGACCAUCACUUCCUUAGGUCGGUAACGAUCUCACUUGUAGGUAUGUGGCUCAAUCUAUGGCACCAUACCUUUGGACAGUUUUGAAACGAUCGCCGUAGACUACAACUUCGUUUCUGAAAAAAAUUCUUACUAUUCUGGAGUAUUAUCCACGCAUUCGAAGGCCUUACCCAUUAAACCUCCAUUAGCACCUAUCCCAUAAGAUAGGCUGCUUUGGUUGACCGGAUUUCUGUGGGGGCCAUCUCCCGACUGUUACCGGAUUUUGAUCACUGGUAAUGGAAAUGAUCGUCGUCAUGGUCGACGACGUAGGACUUCGUGCAUGGAAAGGUAUCAGCUGAGGAUGACGUUAGGUCGCGUUGGGUCCGGAGGUGUCCGACGUGGCCGAUUCGCACACUCAGUGUCUGGCGGCUGCACAGGAUUGAAUGGUGGCGGUGGUGCCUGAGACUUUCGAGUUGCUUGUUUGGCUUUGACGACGGCGAUCUGGUGGUCUUCGCAGAUCGCUGCUCCAGUCCUCACAACUCUUCUGCAGAAUGGUCGGUCCCAGGUCUUCGAGUCUACUCUCAAACGUUUUACAGAGUUAUUUUGGGCUAUGCUUGUAGCGUAGAAUGUGAUCUUGUCAACGAAGACUCAUAACGACAUCUCUAUAGAACAGUCGUCCGGCUAGUCGCCCAUCGUCCGUCCUCGUGGGGUGGCCGCUCCAUCGCGGUUGCAUUUACCUUGGCAUGGCGUGAAUGCUGAGGCCUCCAAUCUAUCUCAAAGCCUUCGUGUCCAGAAUCUUAUCCUGUCAACCCCGCUUUGAUAUCCGUCGGAAGUGCUUGAAUCACCGCGCCUGUUUCAUGUUGACUGUCUAGAUCUCCACUCAAUACGAUAGCGUUGUCAAAUGACAGCGUGUUGAGGAGUUCUCCAGCCGGCCUAAGGUCUGACUGGCUUUGGAGAUCCGGUGAGGCAAAACCGACCUGCGCACAAGUCACCACUCACCUCACCCGACACUGGAUUCUUGAGAUGGACGACCUGGAAUCCCCGCCAACUAAUGUUCUGAAUGACAACCGGACGAGACAAUUGUGAGUAGCCUGGGAUUAUGAAUCAAUAUUGUUGACGUACUUGCUUCAUAUCAGUAGGCGUGUUUUUACUAGGUUUCAUACUUACAACUGCCACUUGGGCGGGAACCGCUUAAACUAGGACAUGCGCAGGCCGCAAGGAGGGAUCCGAGAGGCAGGCUAUACGACUUUUUUAGCCGACGACUUCAAACUAUGAAGCAAUGAGCACAAAAACAGGCACAACAAGGUCAGAAUCGAGCUUCUCGACGGAGCCGGUCGAAUAACUUAAAACCCACGGAAAACCAAAGUUUGCCUGGUAAAACAGCGGAAGUGAAUGCUCCUCCUAGAGAUUAAGGAUAUCACCUGUCCAAUGCCCACAGGCGGAGAAGCGCGUGCUUUCGGCCUCCAAGGACUCUGGGUGACAGAUCGACGAAGUGUCUUUGGGGACUGUGUGGCGAGGUAGGUGUCGCCUGUCGUUUAGCAAAACCCAGUGGAGUAGUAUGUUAACUUUUAAAAAGAAAAGUCAAGUUGGCAAACACGUGCUUUCGGUACUUCUCCGUCAGGCCAAUACAAUUACAUGAAGGAGUGAAAAUGUACAAAAUUAACAGUGUUUAUAGAUGUCUCAAGGGUUAUUAAGUCAUUAACACUCAUCAUCCCCACGUCGCCCGCAUGACAAGGUCGACGGGUGUUCGUCCUCAGAGCUAGGGGAGGGGGUAAAAGAGUCGUUGAGUGAUGUUCUUGGAUUGAGUACACGGAGUACCCAUCACUGUAAUCAGGGAUUUGAGGCGGCAUGGCUUCAUCACUUGGAGUUGGCGUUGGCCACAGCAAAGAGAGCGCUUGUGUCAGGGUUUUCUGAUAGCAUAGCACCGGAUUCGUUAGCCGUAUUGCCACUGCCUCGGCCGUUGCUAGUAUCCGCUGGCGUAGGCCUUUAGAGAAGCUUGUUGGUGUCCGAUAGACAACCUGGCAUGCUUUCUUGGCAUCGACUCGGUGAUUCGUAUCGAUUAAAUUUGCGAGAAUCGAACUCGAAAUCGACCGGGUCUCAUCUCUGCCUAGUCAGGCAGGCAUAUGUUCUUUUAAAAAGAACUUGUCAUUUUCAAGUUUGAAUUGUAUGAAGCAAAGGUACGUAGAGGUCAGGCAUUUGAUUGCGAGAGAACUGCGUCUAUGAGAGAGUAGAGGGGAGGAGUGGUUAGUAAUUAGGAGCCCAACCCAGUUGCGGAUACCCAAAGGUCACUUCAGAGAGAGAGAGAGAGAGAGAGAGAGAGAGAGAGAGAGAGAAGAGCGACAACCACCACUAACCGCUUUGACGAGCGUGCUCAAACGUGCCUCCAUCAUGAGCACACGACAGAAGAAACCAGAAUAUCUGGUUUGUUUGCGCUCAAUUUCAGGUGGCAGUGGUCAUUAUCGAGGACAGGUUAUGCCUGAGAGGGCAGUUUCUGAGGACAACAAAUAGAUGUGAAGGCAACUAGUUUACGGCAUCCGGUGAUCCUUGGCCCCAUUCUUGCAUGCGGAGCAAAUUUGGGCACUGUGCUUCCAGUCGGCGCGUAUUGUCUUGACCGAGGGUUGGUGUGCCUAGCGGUCCUUGUCGCAUGGAAACAAAGAACUUACUCGCGUCAGUCAAGACGGUUCACGGUCCUUAAACCGGGUAGACCGAAUUUAUCUAGAUUGGCGAAAUUGAGAGAUCCGGGCUGAUUAUUUGAUGAAGAGGAAGAAGGUAAGUCAGGAUUUCCAGAGAGCUACCAUUUUAGACCGGGGCAACACAAAAGCAGACCGGCUAACUCUCCGAUGACCACUCUAUCAAUAGGCAUUUGGACCUUCCGGCAGCUUAAAAAGUCCUACGUCAUCACAAUCGUAGAGCUCAGGACCAAACAACCACACCGGACUUAAGAAGGCCCGUACGGAGAUAGCCCGACGGUGAGGUUACUCGGUGAGAAAGAAAAAGAGUCGCCAAACCGACCGCCCGACAAAGGUUCAAUCACCUCCCUUCGACUGAGUGGUGACUCACAAAGCACGCAGUCAAAACGCCCAUCAACCAAUAAACCUGUUACGGAGAGCCCAUCUUCUUCUUCAAACCGAAAUACUGCUCAGCUCUGGCGGAAUGGACUGAAAAUCUCGGUAGCACUGUGGACCCCUAAACAAGACACUGAGAACAGGAACCGUCCGCAGAACGGGUGGAUUUGAGCCAAUUUUCGGUGAAAAUGGAGUUAGUUCGAAGGUUAUGGAAAGGGUUAAAUUAGGGGUUAGAUUUAAAACUAGGUUUAAGUUUAACGGUGAGUCAGAAUCAAGCUUGAGGCUAAGGUAGGGGUUAGUGUUAGCUGCAGAAUUAAGGAUUAAGAUAGGGUUAGGGUCAGUAUAAGGGCAACGGUUUAGUUUUUUAUGAGAGUUAUUGUUGGAGUUAGGACACAGCAAUAUUUUGCUUCUCCCAGAAGGUCAGUCGGUGGGGUUCACCUAUCUCCACGCCCUGUUUAGGGGAGAACAUAACCCAGUCCUACCCAAAGCUCACCAUUUUCAUCAUGCUGGGACAAAUGCGCUAGUGUCAGCUUCGCGAGGAUAGAUGACGAGGAACAGCCCAAGCAACUUCCCUACAGACAUGUCGCUACGCAAGCUCACCGGAAAGGAGGUGAGAAGCGACACCCUGUGGACCUCCCUCAAGGGUGUACUAAUCAUUCCAGUUGCCUGCGGAGACCUUGUCUGGAGGCAAUAUUUAGGACUUGAGAAGCAAUCUACAAAGUCAAACGGAUCGCCACCGCCGAAGCUAAAAGAGCGUCUCGCGAUUCUCAAGCGCCACAGACUCACAACCCCGAUAUCUAACCGAUCUCAUCGUCUCCACUAUACACAAACCAAGCAUUCGUGGCACGCUCAGACGGACUGUUUAGCUGUAUCAGUCACUGCGUCCGAUCCCACCUCAAGCCUUCCUGGCUCUGACUUGGCAUCGAGCGUGAGGUAGAUGCUGAACAAGUUUAUGAUCUCUACGAACUGAUUCACGUUCAAGCUGUCGUCCCUGCGCGCACCAUGCUGUGAGGCGUCAGGUGGACAUCGUCCGUAAUGACGCUCGAAUUGGUGUGUAUGUGUGUGUGUGUGUGUGCGCCCCUACAACGUGCCGGCAGGGAGGUGUGCUGGAGAGACAGGAAGGUGAUAUCGGGCACAGCACUCGUUACUCGAGCUGCGCGUCCAUAACUUCUGCCACGUAUGAGGUCACGAUGGGACGCCUAGGCGCAGGCUCGCGUUCCGCAGACCAUUUUCCACAUUAGAUGGCUGACCGGCUCGAAAAGUGAGUGAGGUUGACUCUGGACACUGCGUCUCCACAACAUUCAGCGUAUAUUUCCCACCAUAAACGCGCUUUUGAUCUAUCACGGGCUGCCAGCUGACGGUACAACUCUGUCCUCUCAGAAUGCGGCCGCAACCGCACUCCCACCCAGAUGGACCCCGAGUCUCCCCUUUGUUGUUGUUGCGAAACCCUGUCCCUUGAACGUGGACCUGGCGUGUGUGUGGCACGCGUAGACAGACAGUUUGGCCUUAUGAAUCUCUGCGUUUUAUCCCGCCUCCGGACUUCUGGACUCCUUCAUGAUACCAGGCCCAGGUGUGUGAUGGGUGAUAGAGUGCGUCAGCUUGCGCAGAAGUCGACUAUCACUAUAAUCUAAUUUACACGCAAAUCACCGCCUCUGCGCCCACCCUGCUACGACUUAAACAGUGGGAAUCGCCGAAAACGGAAGUCGAACUGCCAGGUAACAACAACAAACGAAACAAAUAUUUCAAACGUUCAUUUUUGUGCAUUCUAGUAAAUCGUGAUUUUUCGCGCUCUUCCCAUUUAAACUGCACAGCCUAACUUAAACUAUCUGCAUUCUGAAUUGUUCCAUAGACGCACAUCUUCUUGCCGUUAAUCAUCGCCCUAUUCUAGUUAUCACUUAUGCCUGUAGACUUAUUGAUUUACGUCUCAACUGACGCUUAUUAAAGGCUGACAUGCAAGAAUGGAGCCAAGGAUCACCGGGUGUCGUAAGCUAGUUGCCUUCACAUCUAUUUGUUGCUCUAAGAAAGCUGGUUUUCUAACUUCCAGCAGCCGGUCCUAGCCAGUUGGUUCUGUCGGGUUAUUCUACCUAGCUGGGUUCUAUAGAUGCACUUGCUGAAAAUCUAAUUCAAUUUGCUUGUCUCCAUUCUUAGCAGACAUUUCGGCGGUAAUUUAUUUGGCAUCUCCUCGCAGGACUGUAGACGCGUUUAUUCGCACGUUAACCCGAUAUUUAGUGAAGCUUAUGAUCCGCAGCUUGGGAUCUCAUGAACUGUUAGUCGAUAUUCUGGAAUGCGUUUUCUAUUAGGGAGAAUUACUUAGGUGGGGCUGUAAUAUUGAUUAUCAUGCGGCAUAAUCCUCUGAUAUUUCGAACUCGCUAGGAUGUUAACUUUUAAAUACACUUUUUUUCUACCUACAAAAACCUCACUCGGAAAAAGUAAUUACUUAUUUAGUAUGCACUUUUCACAUAUAUUUUGAUAGCCUCAUGAAUUUAAAUAUAUUUUAUGGGAAAUAGGCACAAAAUGUGCCUUCUUUUACUCGUUUUUAGCCACCCACUUUAUACUGGAAGAAAGGGUAUAUCUAGGUUUUCGAAAAGUCUUCCAAUUCCCGAAUAGUUUUAUAUCAGAUCAACAGUUGCAUCAGUAUCUAGCGAUUUCAGUCUGCAAGGGGUAUACAUAACGCGUACACAAAGUCAUAUAUGCUUCUACAUUUUUAAGAAAGUACCAGGUAUAGUUCGUAAAAUUCUGCAAUCGAUGAGAACUAUGUUGCAUACUUCAUAAGGACCAUUAAUAAAGGGACAGGUACGAUGCUGUAUGAAUGGAUAUUUAACGGUCUUAAGAAAUUUCAUAAGUUGAAGCUUUUUAAAACCGAAAUUUACUCCUUCUUUAAAUAUAAAGUGCAAUGACGACAGAAUUUGCUACCAAAUGAGUAGAAGAAAGCAGAUUUCGGGCACGCUUUUAACAGAAUGUAUUUGCAUUUAUAUGGCCAUCGAAAAUAUAUGCGAAAAACGCAUUCUAAUAAAGUUGUCAUUUUUUACCGAAUGCAGUUUUUACGGGCCAAACAGACGUGCAUUCAAAAGUCGGCGUCCUGGGAAGUCCGAAUUACUAUGGGAAUACUCAGCAUGAUAAUUGAUAUUACAGUCUCUCCCCCCCCCCCAAGUAAUCCUUCCUAACAGAAAAAGCAUUUUAUAAUUUCGGCUAGCAUUUCCUGAGGUAAGUCCCUCAUUGUAUUUCAAACUUAUCUUCCAAUUGGUUCCUUGGCCGCGCCGGUCUUUUGAGACUGUUUUCGACAUUCUUUACACAUGUUGAUUCAGCAGUGACAUCGCUGGGAUAAAACAACUGUCAUAACGUGACUAAACUCCCCCUAUUGUAAUCAGGCUUUGUUCGCCAUUGCAUUUGAUUCAUUGUUCAUCCUGAAUGCACUUCUGGAUACACAAAAAGGACUAAACGCUUCCUUGGCCACGAUCUUGCCCCGAAUGAGAAAAUAUUUAGAUCCCCCUUCUCAAACAAAAGCCUUUCCCCACGCAAAAUAUCUACAAUUCGGUCAUGUUAGUAUUGACUCCGAGAGCUAAAUAAGCCAUACUCCACAAAAAUUUAACCAAGUGACUCGCAUCAUCCUGACUCAUGCGCAAUAUCUUGAAAACCGUCUAGCACACUUAGAGCGACGACGUAUCGAAUUCAACGUACGAGCCGUCCAUCCAUUGCUGCCAGACAUUCUCGACCAUACCGCACCAGUUUCCUGUUUAAGGAGUCCAGUUCGACCAAACCCGGCUGAAUGAAAGCUUAUGAUUGCUAAGUGGACUAUCAACCUCUUUGCACAUUGCCGAAGCGUUGCAAUUGAUCUCCUCUAUGUAACUUAUAAACUCAGUUAGGCCUUUAAAUGUUAAUUUGUUCAACGUAUUCAUAAUUAAAUAGGGACUUAUAAGUCGCCCUGAUUGUACUUCUUAUGACAAACUCCCAGACUCUUGAGCGACCUCUCAACUCAGACUUCUAUGCAAUUAAUCUUCGCGACUCCCUCCCGCACCUUACCGGCCUAAAUUAUCGUUAAUACGUUCCUUUUUCGUCGCUUACUACAAACAACCUUCUGAUAAGGGAGCGCUCACAGAUGAUGUUUCGGAAUUCAUUAUUCCCGUUGUGACUUGAGACUCUCUUUCGAGCCAAACGUGCAGCCGCACAGCGGCGUGUAAUAUAUGCAAGAACGUUGAAGUCCCAAUUUCAGACCCUUUUUAACCCCGCUGAUUAAAAAGGGACUAUGUUUAAUUUGUAAUCUGUUAAAUUGCCGCACGUUUAAUCCGUUGUCUAACUUCAGAAAUUACGCUUAGCCUCGGUACAAAAGUCACCCCUUACUCUUUAUUUUCUCCUCUGGAGGGUACGGUUGUAUAUCGCCUAUUAUUUUCUGUUUAAGUCCAUUUUCUGUUGCUAUUUGGAAAAGCCAUUUAGAUUCAUGCAAAUAAGGAAUGCUAAACACCGCGAAAUAGGUAAACAAGCGUCUAGUAUAUCGGUGAAUGUAAAAACAGAGUAAAUAUGGCAAAAAACAAAACACGAAGCAAAAACUUACGCAAUGAACAAAAAAUACAAGGCGUGAAAACGUCCGUAAGGAAAUCAGCAACUACUGCCGCACAAGUGACAUCUGAACAAAAUAUUGGCGGAGUAGGAAAAUACUCGAACCUAACGCAUUGACAAUGGACGACCGUAGACUUCAGAUCUAGAGUGUGGAUGUCAUUUACCUUACACUUGCCCCAAGACUAAAGAGGCUCUUAAAGUUUGACAACCCAGCCCAUAAAACAGCGAUCAGAAAUUAAUUUAGAACUGAGAGCAAUAUUAUUUUGGACACGUGAAUCCACACUAGGACCAAAGAGACCUCGAUGCGGACUGCAUACGAAUAAAGUGACAUCCGAAUGUCGUUUCAUACUAACUGUCCCUUGUACUGCAUUAUUUAGUUCUAGGUAGCACGUGAUCACUAUUUAUUAUCUUUUGAAUUUUAUUUUACACCGAUUUUUUGGGGAAAGUUUUUGAAAAAUCAAGAUACCUUGUAUAUCUUGAGGUUUCUUUAAGCAACGGUGUUUGCAACUCAUUUCUGACACGCUUGGCAUAUGUUGGAUUUCGGUUGUCAAAUGCCGUUGUUAGUCUUUGGGUUGGCCGUCUGGUAGGUGUCAUACGCAACUUAUAUCUAUUUGUCCUCACGAUACUACACCGUUCAAUAACUUUAUAAGGACUAUUUCUGAACGAUAUAUCAGAUAGGCUUCAAUCUCGACUAUGUCGGCCGUGUGCCCCACAGCAGGGUGGGCUUUAACCCACUUUGAUGAACUCAAGCGCGUCAGAUUGUUUUCUAGUGAGGAAUACGCGCUGAUAACGUCGAUCUCACCCACUCGCAGACACUAUUUUACUGUUCAUGCCGGUCAGCUGUUGGCUGUGGAAGUGGGUCCGGGCCAAGCUCCUUGGAUCUCACGUGUGUGAGAGGGCCAUAGAGACCAUAUUAAUAAGGGGCCUUCACAUUCACACUUUUAGUUUACGUGUGGGGUUAGAGAUAAAGCGUUGGUCGGCAGCCUUCCCAUCCAACGCUUUUAACUCAUCAUCAUAGCCGCGAACGCGUCAGAUUGUUUAUAGUGGGGAAUACGCGCUGAUAGUCUACAUCACCCCAUCUACCCUUUCCCAUGCUCCAACUGAUAUUCCGAGCCACCCAACCAAAUAAUGCUGAGGCUGCGAGAGAUGGCUAACAGCCAAGAACAGCCCGUCUGCGGGUGCCACUCACGACUCGCCCCCUCACAAUACUCACACACUAGGAUUUCACACAGAAGAGGUAGACUGUGCGGAGCUCACAUGUAAUAGAGCAGCUCCUUGAAGGAGGAACCGAAUAACACAUUUCCCCUCAUGUGAGAAGUGCCUGCUCUGUGUGAUAUAAGGGGUGUUCAUGUGUGUUACAUGUGUUUGUGGGGAAGUUUGUGAUGAUGUGGACUAGGCUGCACUGAUUUACCAUAGAUUUUAAUGAAGGUACAUGUGACCGAGUACGCUCAUGCAAUGGCUGAAUGUGCGAGGGUAAUACGGACAGUUGGGCCAAUGGCGCCAGAUUUAUGUUGACGUUCCAGGCACAAGUUUGCUAGUCCCUGUACGAUGGAUUCGCAAGUGACUGACCAAACCGAUGUGUGAUAUGCAUGUGUUGUAACGGUGUGAGCAGGAUAGGCUGGGAGAUCCUGAGUAGGUUACAAUUGUGAUGUUGCUAGUGGUGACCGCACCGACAGUUGGGGAGUUGGUAGGGAGUGGAAACUAGAGCAUUGUUGGAUGAGUUAGGUGUGGUUGUUGUGUCGGUAUUGCGACGAAUUCCCUGUCUUGGAUAUGCACGUGGCCGAAUAUGCCCAUACGGUAAGUGAAUUCGCGUGUGUAAUAUGGACCAUUGAGGCGAGUGUGUAAGGACACCUGGCACUGGUGCGCCGGUGUAAGUGACUGACAAGGUUGAUGUGUGGGAUGGAUGUGCGAUCGCAAUAUGGGCAGAUUGUGAUCGAAUCCACUUCUCUGGUUGUGGAAACAAUGAUGAUGAGAGUAGUGGUUGGGUGGGGCCGUCGUGAGUUCUGACACUGGUAGUGGAAGUUUGAGAGGGGGUAGCCGUCGUCGUGGAAGUACUGGCGGGGAUGACGAGGAUGGCGGUGAUCGACGGCGGCAGGACAUCGGAAGCCUGGUCACAGGUGGUGAGAGUGCUGGCCGUCUUGAACGCCGUGGGGUCGGUGCACUGGUGACGAUGGGGACGGUUGUGAAGGCAGCAGUUGGGGUUGUUGAGUUGUCAAUGCACUGAGUCCGGAUAUGUCCAACGAGGCCACUCGGCGCGCUUAAUGUUCAUUGUCAUCGUGGGUAUAUUGGAGGUGGUUGGGUGUUUUUGCUGUGGAUUGGUGGCAUUUGAGACUUGCGAGCCGCUGUUUUGGCUUGGACAACGACUAUCUGGUUGAAUUCAUAAGUUUCCGCCCCAGUCUUCACUGUCCAUCUCCAGGCCGGUCGAUCCUGUUCGAGAUCCCCCCUAGGCCCCCGGGUUGAUUUCUAGAUUAUUGGGGGGAUUUUUCAGCGCGCCUAUAAUGUCAUUUCUGUCCUCCAUGUCGACGAGCGCUCGUUGCCACGUGGCCGUAGAUAAUCCGCCUGGGUAUGCGCUCGUCGUCUGUCCCCACGACAUGGCUGCCCAUCCUGGUUGGAUUUGUUUCAGCAUGGCAUGGGUUCUGAGGAUUUCGGUCCGUUCUAGGACUUCCGUAUCGGGGACCCCAUCUUUCCACCUGAGCUUCUGUAUUCUCCAGGGACAACUUACUUCAACGUGAUGGGGUUGUCUGGUGUGUUUGGAGUAUACUUUCCACGUCUCCGCCCCACAGAGUAGCGUCGUCAGGACUACCGUACUUUUGAUCUCGAGUGUCUUGUUCAGUUGAAGUCCGUGGCGGUCCCAGAUUGGGGGAUGUAGUUGAUGGGCCACUUCGUCCUCAAUGUUGAUAUUCCUUGGAAUUGUACUUUUGGUGAAUGCAAAGCUUUCCAUUGAUCCAAGUUGCCCUCCAUUUGACGUCGAUUUUGAGUUUUAACAUAGCCUGCGAUGUGACGCCGACUGGUGCAUGACCACCCUUCUCCAUGUUGAUGGCCGGUACAAAGUUUGAACAACCGGAAGCGAAAAGGUCUACGCUUUGCUGAAUGUCCUCUUCCGUUGAGGUAUUUAGCGCAUAGUCAUCUGCGAGUAACAUAUCGGGCGUUGGUCUUGGAUACCCUCGAGGACGGUUUAAGAUGACGAAUUGCGAACAGUUUUUCGUCUGCUUGUUAGUUUAUGUCGAUCCGCGGCCACUUCUCAGGGUAAGCAUCCAGCAGCAUGGUGGGAGACCAUGACACUGAAACGGGUGGGAGCGAAUACGUGCUUCUGUCGUAUCCCGCUAGUCACCUUGAACGCUUCAGAGAUCGACCCGUUGUCCGUGACGCGAGCCACAAUCUCAUCUCAAAGUUGGCUCAUCCUUUGUGCGAAGUGCCCUAGACUUCCAAAUCUAAGUAUUAUUUUUCAGAGAUCAUCCUGGCUGGCUGCGCCGUAGGCCUUCGUUACAUCGAUAAGGCUGAUGUAAGGGCUGGUCCUCAUCUCUUGGCACUUCUCCUGUAUUUGACGGGCUGCGAAGAUCACGUCGCUGACUCUGUGGUGUCGGUGGGAGCCACCAUGGCUUUUUGGGGGUAAUAUUUGCUCAAUUUGCGCGUUUAGAUAACCGGUAAAAAUGCGAACGAAGACCUUCUCGGCAACGACGUGCCUCCGUUAUUAUCACUGAGUUGUCGGUUUCCUUGGUGCUUAUACACGUGUUCAGUAGUUGUUACCUUGAGAUCUUGGGGAACCUUCCUCUGUCUCCACACUUCAUUGAAGAGCGAGGUCAGCUUGUCCAUCAGUCGGGGACUGCCGUACUUGUAGACUUCGGCGUAAUUGCGUCGGAUCCCGACUCUGAUCGUUUCUGAUAGGGAAGGCGGUAGGUCCAGGCCACCAUUGGUUCCUAACUGGGGAAGGUUAGUUUAUGGCAGCGUCGGAUAUUAUGGUUGGUCGAUUGAAGACAGUUCUGAACUAAUUGCCCCAGCACUUCAAAAUUUACAGUUUAUCCGUCUGAGCUGAGCAGUAGCACGGUUUUUUGAAGGGGGGAGGGGAGGCGUAAAUGGCGUUGAUAUAGGCGAAUAAAUUCUUCGUUUAAUUACGGUCUCCGUAUCCUUCGAUUUCCUUGGCCUUGCGAGCCAUCCGGGUGUCCUGCCUCUCCUGAAGUCGCUGUUGCACCACGCGGUGACUUCUGAAGAAGAUCUCCCUACUUGCGUCGCUUCCGCGGUUGGCGUUGACUUUGUACACUAUUCUUUCCGCAGAGCAGACUGCGGACUUCCUAGUCAUUGUCGAACCAAUCCUGACGGUGUAGAAGACCAAGGACGUCCAGACCGGCGUAGUGGUUGACGCACCGCAGUUGGCUUCAUGGAGUCUCCAUAGUGGCGUUGUCGUCCGGAUUCUGCAGCUCUUCCAGACGUCGGGCCAACUGAUUGCUGAGAUAUGAGUGAUGAGCGGGCAUAUUCGACAGGGCGAUCCUUUAGACAGUAUGUUAUUACCGACAAAGACAAGGGAGACUGGAGUGACCAUUUCUGGCUUAUUAGCCGUCGUCAGCCAGUCAUACCCAACCCCGAAGUGUGUAACACCCGAGGCUCGAACUCGCGACCUGUUAGUUAGAAGUCCACGCCUCUAACCGCUGGGCCACGAAGCCGUUGUCCUGUCGGUUUCGAUCGGGAAUAUACAAUGGUAGGGGGCAUUCACCGAUCGUUCUUACGUAACUCACACGUUCCGUAAGAACGAUCGGUGGGCACGCCCUACCAGGGCAAUCCUUAAUUGACCUGACGGUUGCGCACACGUAAUGUAAUAAAAAGCGGAAGAGCGCAGAAUACUUAAGUCGAAAAUCGGAAGGCUGGAUUUUAUGCAUGUGGCCUAAGGAUAAUUUGUGAAGGUGGCGGCGGUGGUGAUGGUGAUGAGAGGAGGGUCUAAUUAGGCCCCGUAAGUGACAAUUGUCGCCAUUGUUCCUUUGAACAUUCACAGAACUUUGCUCAGUUAACUUGUCUAUUUCCCUCCUAGUCGGUGGGAUGCAGGAUCAGGAGCUACCUGGGCCACCAUUUGAGCCAUACAAGGCUGCAACCACUCGAAGCCGCAGCAGCAGUGAAGCCUCGACAAAAAGUGGUGCAACUUCAUCACGUGCAGGUCUUGCACAUCGUGUCAUCACCCUUGUACCUGCUACUUCCAUCGACCGUUCCGGCAAAAUCUCAUUUUCGCCUCGUGCAUCCAAUGCCUCACCUCCACGCCCCGUGGCUACAGUCUCACCCACCUCCAGCUCGUCCCCCACACCUGAGAAUGCCAGAUUCUCCAACGAAAUGCGACCCCGGCAGCAGGAGCCCAGCACCCGGAGUUGCGGCGUCCAGGCAGAUGAGGUGGGAAUUGAUGUGGACAUCCUGCUGCAUGUAGAGGAGAUGGUGCGCACCCAACGUAGUCUCGUCCUCCCAAGUUACUCCUCUCUCGUCGGUCUCACCUCGCCGCCGGCAGAGACGUUGCGUCGCUCGGAAGACCACCCUCUCUCCAUGUUGGAGUGUUUACAGGAGAAUGAGAGACUGCGAGAGACGCUAGCUCUGCAAGUCAAGGUACACUAUUUUACUCACCCAAUCCUUUUAGUUUGUUGUCUGUAAUACCUGUGCUUUUAACCCCGCUCGAUUUACACCGUCAUCAUACGGGAGAACCUGUAUGCAGGUGCACUAAAGUUCUGGCGGAUAUGACGUCGUAUUCCUCUUUCCUCAAAAUCUUAAGUGGUGUUUUCCCAACCACUCUGACAACUGCCGGUGGUACACGAUGACACAGACUAGAAGUGUAUCUCACGUCACACUGGAGUUUUGGCUCCGAAGCUCUUAGUUAAAAUAGAUGUGUAUAAGGUGAGAGAGUGCUUUGAAUAAGAAGAAGAAGAAGAAGAAGGAGGAGGAGGAGAAGAAGAAGAAGAAGAAGAAGAAGAAGAAGAAGAAGAAGAAGAAGAAAAGAAGAGGAAGAAGAAGAAGAAGAAGACGAAGAAGAAGAAGAAGAAGAAGAAGAAGAAGAAGAAGAAGAAAAGAAGAAGAAGAAGAAGAAGAGGAGGAGGAGGAGGAAGAAGAAGAAGAAGAAGAAGAAAGGGGCCCAUCGGAACGGGUUUAUUUAGGUGCUGACGUUUCGAAGAGCCUUGUCGGCUCUCCAUUGUCAAAGGGUAAAGUGCACUUAAUCGACCAGAAAUCACAAUUGGCAUGUCACGUUGGUCGAUUUUACCCUCUUCUCGCUGCCUCGGCCUCUCGGGGGAUGGUUGACGGGCGUUUUGUGUGCGUGCUUUGUGAGUCACCACUCCGUCGGGGCGAGGUGACUGAACCUUUGUCGGAUAGUCGGUCAGGCGGUUCUUGUUCUUCCUCACCGAGUAAACUUACCGCCGGGCUGUCUCCAUAUGACCUUGUUAGGUCCAGUGUGGUUGUUUGGUUCUGAGCUCUACGGUUGUGAUGACGUAGAACCUUGUAAGCUGAAGGAAGGUCCAGAUGCCUGUUGAUGGAGUGUGCAUCUAACCACUUAGGUAUGAAAUAAGUAGUGUAAUAAUAUUACCGACCUACCUUUAUCGUUAUCUGUCAAUGAUGAAGGUCGAAGACCUGUUGGAAAAUGCUGUUUGUGGAAAAACACCUCAACCCUGUAUGGGCGAUUGCGCAGACACCGUCACUUACCUAAAAAUUUCACUAGAAUUACCCAAUUAUUAACCGUUUCUAAUGUUCCCACUCCUAGAGUUUUGGAGCGUUUCUCGCAGGGCAACCUGUUUAAGUUGUUUGAUAGUCGCUGUUGUAGAUUACUUGCUUGACGCGUUUGAUUUUUCCAUAAACUACGUCCCGUUCCUUCUCACAAACCUGUUGUUGUGUAGACAUGUUCCUUUUUGCAGUCUUUGGUGCGUGUGCAACCGCAAAUGUAAAGAUAUGGAGGGAGCUGUAGGAUCACGAACACCAUGGAAACGAAGAGUUAACGCACUGGCGCCAGCUAUGGAUGGUCUGUUUUCGUAUUUGGUUAUUCAAUGUGGAGGGGGGGGGGCUGAGAGUCACUCAACAGGUGGGCAUGUUUGAUAGGACGCGAACAGUCUUAUUGGCUGUCGACAAGAUGAGUUAUCAAGCAGAAAUGCAAUACCUCUGCAAACUAUUCUCCGAAAAUGGAUACCCGCAUGACUUUGUACGUCAAUGCAUGAGGCAUCAGCAAUUCAAUGGAAGGGGUAUUUCCAAUGCUACGGCCGCUCGGGCAACAAAAUCAACCACCCGGCGAACUCUCCCAUACGUAAAAAAUGUAUCUGAACUAGUCGAUAGACAACUAAAAAACACCAGAUACACGUAGCACACCAACCGGCAACUAUCCGACGCACAGAGCUUGUACACCCUAAGGACAGGGUUGGUUACCUCGAAAAAGAAGAUACUGUUUACGAAAUCCCAUGUUCCAGUUGUGAUGCUGUCUAUUGUGGCCAAACUGUCUCAGCCCGUGUACAUGAACAUCAGUUAACUGUGAAGAGACGCGCCCAUCUAUCCCAGAUGGCAAUGCACACACUGGACACGAAUUUGCAUGGGACAACACUCGCAUUGUUGACGCCUGCCCAAUCAGAAAAGGCCGCGAAUUCCCGAAAGCAAUGCAUUCAGAGGGUACAUGCAUCAACCGGCAUAUCAAUCUAGAUGCCACAUACAAAAUCUUUAAGUACAAAUUCUAACUGGCCCAACCAAUCUCAAAGAGGUGGCAAAGUGCAAUCGAUACGCAUUGGCACAGAGGUUGACCAAUCAUAGAAUCCUUUGCUGGACUGAGUUAAGAAGUUGUUUUUGCACACCCAUAGGCUGAAGACGAGUUGGGCUACCAGUCUCGAAAAUCUACACAUUAAAUUCACAGUUUCCCUGAGAAUCCCAUCUUCUUAUGUCAGUCGUUGUAUAAAGUCGUUUGACAGUCGCGUUUACCCAUCCGGCCCAUUUGAUGGCUUUACGGCUGUGUAGUUGCUUUUACUAUUUCCGACCGCAGUCCUGCGGACACUAAACUGGCAGAACUCUUAAUUCUAUAAACAGGUGAGCCCGUUGUGGCACGACUGACUGAUACCGAACAGUUAGCCAUCAUUAAUAUUUCGGUCGGCCAAAUCUCCGGCGACAACACCUCUCCCCUCCCCUUCCCCCUCCCUCUCCCGACUUGUGCAUUUCUACGUCACUUAGUUUUUGCUGUCUGUCGCGCUUUGAUGUGUCCAUGCGAUUGAAGUACCAUUGUGAAUGGUAGCUAUCUCUUUUGUAUUCAAGCUUGUUUAACCUCCAUGGCUAAGUGUCCUUGACCUUACCCGAGCCUGCCUGCCUACCAAACGUUUUACGCGCCAUGUUGCCUAUUUUAACAAAGUAGUAUUGGUGCUUUCCCCACAAGGUGAACAACGAUCUCAAACGUCUGGUCGCCGGUGCCAUGGCAGGCGAUCGCGAGCUGGCAGAUCGCCUCAUCGGUGUGACUGCGGAGUCCGCGGCCAGCUCACGAUUUAUGGAGGCCGCAGACAGCGCGACCAUUGCUGCGGAUAUAUGGCGCGCCAAAUGCCUCGCCUGCCGGGUUGUGGCCGGUGAGGCUGGACGAAAGGCCGCGCGGUACGCCCGGCAGGUGGAACUGACUCGACAUGCACUGGCCCACCUGCUCGGCGAGCGGACACGCCUGCGCACUUGCCUUGUUGAAGCGGUGGAGGCUCUGUUGCCGCGCGAGACUCAUGCUCCCGUCCAGACCUCAGACACGCUGGCCUUGGCGGCUCUCUGUCAUAAGUUGGCCCGAAUCGAUCGCAAACAAACCGUUGACGCCAAAAAUCUGGUUGUAUGCAACGGUGACACGCCCGGGGAGCAGCUGGCUGUUUCGGUGGGUCAUUGAUUAUUACAUCUGUGACUUUGCAAUUUUUUGAAUCCAGCGCUGCUUUAGGCUCAUCUGUAGUUCUAUCCAAGUUUUCUGUCAUCUUUGGAGUUGCAUGAUGCCUUUGGAUUCGUCUUAACGGAACUGGCUGGAUGCAAUCGUUGUUGCCACUGCAAGUGAUGUUUUCAACUCUGCCUUGCCUCCAGUUGUCCGCCUUUCUCGGCCAAGUGUGGCUUUCUAGCAGACGAUUGCUGUCGUUAAAGACUCCCGAUGAUGUUAUGAGGCAUACUCUACGGUAGUUUCUGCACAGCUGCCUGUUGCCUUUCUUGAAAUUCGUCGUGCCUCUGUGAGUGCGGCCUCAGCUUCGAAGUUCCAGGUCAGAGGACUGCGUAACCUGUCGACUAUUUCAGUGAAAGAAAAGUUCUGGCUUUCCGGUAGGAGACAGUGCUCACUAGCUCCGCUUUUUCACCAGUGACCUCCGCCCUAGAUGGUCGCGGUCAUUUUAGCAAAAGCAAGAUAUUGGGAUCGGUAAUCUGAGAAAUGUGAUGGGCUCACCGACCGACGAUAGUUCGACCGCCGUCUCCGACGAUGUCCACCGCGUGCCCCACGGUUGGGUGGACAUUGGGACGACAACUUAUGCCUGCCGUUCCCUUAUCUGGUCUCUGUCUUGGUCAAACGCAUCUAUCUCGUGACCCGUCUUUGGAACAUUUCGCCGACCACUAACCCCUACUCCCGUUUCAAACUUUCUUUCUGGAAAAAUCGUCUCAUCUGGAAUAUCCAGCAGCACGCGCUUUGUUAGAUAGGGAACUCCGAUUUUGCAUUUCUAACUGCAAUUUUACCCUUAUCUGCCAGUACCGAGACCGAAACCCCGACACCACUUUUCGUGAGUCCGAAAAGUACUUUGUUGUAUCCAAAUUAACCUUUCGGUGUCCGCUAGUGGGUGUGUUCGUACUUACUAGCUCAUUUCCCUCUGCUACUCUAUAUUCUCGCAGUCCUACCUUUGAUCUAGUCCUCUUGCAAACCAGAGUAUGCCCUCCACAAGCAUUUUCUUUAGAUGUUGCAUUGCUCUCCUUUUUGAAACAUCAAGUACUUUCUUUGAAAAGUUGUCGCAUCAUUCCACUAGGCUUUGCUGAACUCUCAGUGCGCGGAAUCCCCCGACCAUACAUGCGAAAGCGACCCCCCUUCGCCGAUCCCGCCCCCGCACCUGCCACCCGCUCCACAGUCUCCGAAAGAUGAAAGCGACUUCGUCUCGAAGGCACUUAGUCGAUUCCUCAGCAUAAGGUCCCAGGACACUGAAAGCACCCGUUUACUCGCCUGCAGGCACUGCAGAGGCGAUAUUCUUGACCUCUAG